AUGAGUGCCUUUCAACAGCCUGAUCCGUACGAAGGCAUCACCAUCGAAGAGCUUCUCGACCGCAUCAGAAACUGGGAUGGAGUCGACCAUAAGGAGCUGACUGAAAUCAGCCACAUCAUCCAGCGGGCAUACAAUGGAGACAGCGAAGAGGCGGUCCGUCGCUGCUGCCAGUGCAUCUUGAGGAAGUUCCCAUACGCCUUACCAUCCUUCCCGAAAGCCAAGUUCUACGCCUACCUCGCAGCCUGCCCGGCCUACGAAGAAUACAGCAUGUUGACCAUCGCAUUCGACUGGAUCCAGCGCGCCAGGAUCAGCAUGAGAGACAUCGGUGUCGUUAUCGAGGAGAUCGAAGAAUGGUACGCUAUCAUCAAGGCCGACCUGGAUGAGGAGGUACGCAAGCAGAAAGAACCAGUGUAUCUUCCUCGCCCAAACCCGCCGCUGCUCGCAUCACCUUUCGAUGCCAGCGAAGAUGAUGAUGACGACAUGUCCAUCUUAACUUCGCACCAAGGCGAGCAGGAGAUCGAGACGGCGGUGGACCAUCUGGUGCAGGAGGCUGCGACUCCAACCACCGCAGACAAGGUCGCAGAUCGGAAGGCCGCGCAUCAACUCGCCGUCGACCGCAUGGCUGCCGAGGGCAAGGAAACGGCGAAGACCAGGAAGGAGUACGGAAAGCAACCCAAGUCCUUUCGCCUGAGCGCGGCCAACCAGAGCUUCAGCGAGGGAUCCGGACGUUACGGCUCGCUGAGCAAGGGCUCGAGGAAGGCAGUCAUGGCUAUUCGCGCUGGGGGGCGUUCGCUGUCGAACUUGUUCUCCAAGGCAGAUGCGGAGGUGAUUUCACGUGGAGCUGGCGAGGGUGAAUCCAACAAGAGCACGUGA